AUACAUAGUUAAUGGAAAUCAAGUUUCGUUUUAACUGUUUAGGUGUACACCUUAGACUAAGUUUAAAACGAAUGAGGACUUAGCGGUGCUAUAUUGGAAUGUAUUUACGUUCACUUUGUUGACAUGCACUGGGUUAUGCAGUUAUCGAUGCAUUUAAAUAAAUAAACUUCCUGGUUCACGGAUUUUAAGAUGUCCGGUGUGAGGGUAUCUCGCAUAGCUAUGCAAUGUACAGAGAAGGAUUUAAAGAUAUAUUUCUCAAAGAAAGGAGGGUGGAGAGUGAGGGAAAUCUACUAUCCUUUGUUCAACAAUGAUGCCGUUGUUAUUUUGGAAGACGAACUCAAUGCUGAAACCGUUAUUGCACAGUCGGACGACUACUUAGAAGAUGAUAUUACAGUACAGAGACUACCAUACUUGCAGGUUUUUCCAAGGCUGACUGCGGACAUAGACGCGGAUGUAGCUAGCUUCAUUCAGGCAACGGACAAAGUCAGAGAUGAAAUAGAAUAUCUGGGAAAUGUCACACUAAAUCGAGACAAGGGAGGCAAUUUAGUGAGUAUGAGUGGAAACUGGUAUCAGUUAGAAUGGACCUGGAAUAAGAUUGACACGAUCAUGAGGGAACAGGUGUACGCACAGACGAAAGUUCAAACAAAGCUGCAGCUAAAAGAGUUCAAGCGGCGGAGGCAACCGGACACCUAUGAUGCAAACCAAGAUGAGGGGCCAGAUGAAAGCAGGGCUCCGAUCCCGAAGCCAAGGAAAUCGAAAGACUUAAGUGAGACGAAAACAACGGAGAAGCAUAGUGAUAACCACCCACAGAUUAAACCUUCAGGCGCAAAACAUCAUGAGGACGAUGGAGUACGUCCGAUAAGUGUCCCUAGCAUGCAUCAGUCAUUGCAUGACGAUCAUGCAAGCAGUUUUUUACAUGAUCGGAGCAGAGAUGCUGAUCAUCGAAGCAGUAUUUUACAUGACCGGAGCAGAGAUGGCGAUCAUGCAAGCAGUUUUUUACAUGAAAGGAGCGGGGAUGGCGAUCAUGCAAGUAGAUUUGUAUAUGACAGGAGCGGGGAUGGCAAUCAUGCAAGCAGUAUUUUACAUGACCAGAACAGAGAUAAAGUAUUGCAUAGCGACCAUCCAAGCAGUAUUUUACAUGACAGGACAAGAGAUAAAGGGUCCAAAAAACAUGUCGAGGUGGAACCUAGCGACUGGGAUGACCCGGGACAUGUGCACCACGGACAUAAAGGAAUGCACGUGCAUUUCUCGGCAUCUGCUGAGAGCUCCCAUAGGGAACACUCUCAAAUAAAAGUCAAACGAGACAUAUACAUUCUCACAAAAAAUCCAGACGAGAUCAAAUUCUUGGACUUUGAGUUUGGCCCUGUAACCGUCAACGUUUACGUAGGCCUUAUAACAAUGGCGGAGACUGACGUCAUUGUGAACGCGGCGAUGGGCAGUCUCGUAAAUGGCGGCGGGGUCGCCUGGGCCAUUGCAUCCAACGCCAGUCCCGAGCUUCAAAAACAGUGCGAUGAGUUUGUUAAGACAAAGGGGAACUUGCAGACGUCGGAGGUCAUGCACACGUGCGCGGGCGGGAAAUUAAAUCCUAACGUAAAGAACGUUAUCCACGCUGUGGGGCCAAUUUGGAGCCGGGUUGUAGGCGAGAAGAUCUGUACACACCAGCUCAUUAUGGCGUUCCUCAACUCCUUCUCUUACGGGAACGACAUCUUGAAAAUCUCAACUAUCUCCGUGCCGCUGAUCAGUUCCGGUAUAUUCGGGUGUCCGGUUGAAAUAUGUGCAAAGGCCUUCCUCUAUGCCGUGUUGCUGUACGCUUACGGCCACCCUGCGGCUAGCGGCUCCCUGCGCUCCAUCCACCUGGUCAACAAUGACGACGCAAACACGGCGCUCACAAUCCUGGCCCUCAAACAGCUGAUAGCGGAGGGAGCCGGGCGGCUACUCACGGAUGCCGAACAGCUGAUGUCAGAGGCGGCUCAUGCCACUGCUGCUGUGAGUUCAAAAACAGUGCCGGUGAAAAGAGUUACCGGUCAGAAACUGGAGCUAGAGGACGAUGGCGACCGGAUGAGGAUUCCGUCCAGGACAGAGGUUAGCCGACCGGAAGUGAUGAUGCAAUCUGGAGCAAAAACGUCCACGCAAAAACCUUCAAAAGCGCCACAGAUUGACGUCACAAAUAUGCCAGAAACGGGAAGUGUGCAUGAGCCGGUCCCUGCUUGGCGCCCCUUGCCACCGGCACCAAAAUCAGAGAAGAGUCAUUCGAAAAAGAAGAAAUAAGGGUGUCGUUUAAGUUUAUAGUUUAAAAUGUACAUGUUGUGAUUUUUCUGAGUGAAUUUAUCCAUAAAUGACAACAAUAAAAAUCCAUUUGCAUUAAAAAAUACACGGGGAAGCAUAUGUAUUUUAAUACAGCGCGAAGCAGCCAGGUGGCAACCACAUACAUGUAUUUCAUUGACUGAUAUUUCAUGUUAGUUUGUUGUCCGGGGGAUGGGGACAGGAGCAGUUUUUGUUACCAGGACAGCUUUUCAUGUUCAGCACCAGAAAUUUAAAGUCUGAUUCAAGACUUUGAAAAAUAACUGCAGUACCUAACAGCACUGACCCACUAAAAUGAUAAUGUAAUAAGAUAUGCAAUGUUGAACCUUAUGUAAAUCAGACUCGAUACGACGAAGCACGAAAUUUAAUAAACCGAAGUGUAAACUGACUUCUAAACAUUCAAAUGAUAUGUUAGAACACCUGUAUUUCUUACAACCAUUAAUAGCCAUGAUCUGCAGACACAAGUGAAAUGGAUUACACAAGUGAAAUGGAACGUUUUUAAGGAUUUGGAGAUGACAAAGUCUCAACUAAUCAGUGAUGUCUGUUUGCAUCGCCUGAGUACAUGCUUAUUCAUUAUUUCUGCCUAUUUUUAUCUGAAAAGUAUAUAGUUCCAAUGAAAUAAUCGUUAGUAAGUCCUGGUAAUGUUUUUAAGACCAUUUGAGGUUAUUUAAACAUUCCUAUUUUUUCAGUUUUAAACAAGACUUCCCGAAAUAGUUAACGACCAGAAAUCUGACCCCAAUUACAUUAUAAUAGAUGACAGAGAUUUUUUUCUUGCAUAUUUAUGCAUUUCAUAAAAAUGUCUACAUGUAAACCAAAUAGAUCGUGCGUAAGCCAACGACUAAAGAGUUUUACCAUUUGAACAUGUUUACCCCAAAAAAUAAUAGUAAAUUAAGGUCAUUCUUGCUUCGGACUUUAUUAUUUUAGUUAUUAUUAUUAUUAUUAUUAUUAUUAUUAUUAUUAUUAUUAUUAUUAUUAUUAUUAGCGUGGAUUUUUGAAUAAAAUUUACAGUGGAAGUGUUUGAGACUUAUAAUGGCUGUUCCAAAACAUCUACCCUUGGGUGGAAUGGAACAUAUCAUUGGGAGGCUUCUGCCUGGACAGAGAAAACGUAACGUCGGGGGUCAUUAUAACGUUUAU